CCUCCCGCCCCGCGCCGCCGGAAGGGGCGGGCACGUCGCGCCGCGCCGGGCAAGAUGGUGGCCACCAGGCGGGCGGCGGCGAAGCGCCGAGACCAGACGGCGGCGCGGCCCGGGGGAGGCAGCCGCAGCCCCUCCGGGCCCGCCGGCGCGGCGGAGGUGGCAUCUGCUGAAACUAGUAUUCCUGUGUCUAUGAGGACUAGAAGAAGUAGUAAAUCAAUUCAUAAGCCAGAGGUAAUUCAGGAAUCCCAGUUUGAAGAGGUGGAACAUGCAGAAACAAAGUCAGAUGUCAGUGAUAGCUUAGAGAUGCAAAUUACUAGAAAUGAGAGCAGAACUGUUUAUUCAGCACAAUCUGUUGCUGAACGACAAGCUGAUGGGGAUGUGUCAGAAACAGAAUCAACCUGCUCUGCUGUGUCUGGUCUUCAGACACCUUUGAUUGUAAGAGUAACAAGGCGGCGUCAAAUUGUAGUUCCUUGUCAGCUGGAUUCUCCUGACAAAAAAAGACAUGACAGGGCAGCCUUUGUAAAGAAGUUAAACAGAAUUCUGGAUGAAGAUGAUACCUCUGAAGCUGAGUCUUGUUCCUCUGCAGUUUCUGGUGUCCAGAUGCCUAAUGUCACCAGAACUACAAGAAGCAGGCAGAGCAAAAAGAAAUUGCAGCCAGAUACAGUUCCUGAAGCCCAGAGUGAAGAUAUUUCUGACGCAGAGUCAUGCUGCUUAAGUUCUCAUACGGAACCAUCUGUCACUACCAAACGAGUUACUCGGAGCAUGCAAAGGAAAUCACAAGCAGAAAAUAUUAAGCAGACUGAGAAAGGAAACGUAAUUGUUUCAGAAGAUGAGAAUUUAAUAGAAGACACUGUUGAAUCUGAGCCAGUAAAAAUUUCUGAUUCUAGACCUGCUGCAGAACUUGUCUCUGACACAGACGAUGCUUCCUCUGUCACCGAGGAUAAUAAAGAACCCAAUUCACCUGAAAGCAAAAGUUCUUCCAAAUUUACCAAUACAACCAAGAGUGAAGGCAUGAAAGAAGAGGUUUUGAAUGAUGUAACACCUACUAGCCUCAGAAAAAUGAAAAUAAGUGACACUGAAUCACCUAGAAAAAAAGCAGGAAAAAGACAGUCUGUUGAGGUAGACGAUUCAGAGGAAGCAUGUGGGCAAAUUCAAGAAGAAAACAGUAAGAUACUUACAAGGGAGGGGAAAUCAGAGCGUAUGGAUCUUUCUUUGACUGAUUGCGUGAGUCCUAAACAAUUUUUAGAAUCCCAAGAACAAAUAACAUCAAAUAAAAGUAAAAAAACUUCUGCAUGCAAAAGAGCAGAUGCACAGCAAUCUUUCACCCAUGCUGAUAAAUUAAGACAGGGUGAGCAAGCUAGUGCAGCGAGCAGCUCACAAAAGGACAUAGCUGUUUCACAAAGAACUGAUAGCAUUGGUAGGAGCACCAUGUUUGAAAUCAGUGUGGAUGGAGUUGAAGACCAAACAGGAGAACAUGCUGAAUCUGUAUCCCACAGCAGUGAAAGAUCAAGCAAUGGAAAUAAUUCUGUUGCAUUGUUUCUGAGCAAAGAUGAAAGUGAUGAGUCUGAAAAUAGUGAUGUGGCAGACAUAGAUGCAGUUGAAGAGAAUCUGUGUUAUGAAGAGGCAGGUAAGAGGACUCCUUCCUUCAAGAAAUCUUUGAAAAACAGUUCACUGCAUGCUGAAGGGCUUUUUGUAAUUGAUACUGAGCCUGGCAUGAGUUCCAGCCAAAAGUAUUAUCUAGAUCAGGUAGAUCAAGCUAGUGAUGCUGAAAAUAAGCAUGAAGGGAGUGAAAAAGGUGAGGAAUCCUCAGAUCUGGAAGAGGCUGAAGAGGAAUUGAUAGAUGAAGAUGAGAAGGAUGAAGAUGAUGAUUUGUUGAAAAAUCAGAUUGAUGUUUUACAUCUUUCCAGCAGCAUAGACCCUGGUUUGAAUAUCAAGAAGCUUGGAGGUUUAUAUAUUAGUUUUGAUGCAAAAAAACAGAACCCUAGAUCAGGUGCAAUUAAACAACUGAAGGAGAAAAAGAAGGACCAGCUCCUGCAGAAGAGUAUAAUAACUCCAGAUUUUGAAAAAAAGGAAUGUGUCCCGCCCUUCAGGGAAUCGCUUCACCAGCUAAAGAAGCAGCGCAGGGCAGAGCGAGCCAAAACAACGGGUGACGGUUGGUUUGGUAUGAAAGCCCCAGAAAUCACAAGUGAACUGAAAAAUGAUCUUAAAGUUUUGAAGAUGAGAGCUUCGUUGGACCCUAAGCAUUUUUAUAAGAAGAAUGAUAGAGAUGGUCUACCCAAGUACUUUCAGGUUGGAACUGUGGUUGAUUCUCCCAUAGACUUUUACCAUAGUCGAAUCCCUAAGAAACAAAGGAAGAGGACAAUUGUUGAAGAGCUGCUUGCGGAUUCUGAGUUUAGAAGAUAUAAUAAAAAGAAGUAUCAGGAGAUCUUGAGUGAAAAAGCAGCUUUUGCAGCAGGGAAGAGGAAUCGGAAGAAGAAGAAAUUUCGCAAUUAAGACUUGAAGAAAAAAACCAAGCUGGAUCAAGUUAUUAUAAAACUUUUUACAGAAUGCUUUGGUUGUGGUGGUUUUUUCUUUAAGAUUGCAGGUUGUGCAAAUGGAGGUUUAGGGAAUUCCUUGCAGUGGGAAUUUGGUAGGUAGGGAGCUUUAUCGAAUUAUCAGGUAUCUAAAUUUUAAAUUAAUUUAGAUUUUAAAAUAAAUUUUUUAUUUAAAUUAGUAUUUAUGUAAAAAGAUAAUUAUAUGAAAGCAUAUGGUUAAAUCUGAACACAAAAUGCAACUUCAUGGAUUGUGGUCUUUUCAGGCUUCAGUCUUUACACCAAUGAAUUAGUAAAUUCAGUUUAAAGUUACAUGUGUAAUUCAUGUUGGCACCCAUUAUCUGCCAGAACAAAUUUUUCCGUAUCUCGUUGGAGGUGUUGCUGCCAAUUCUGUAAUAGAAGGUAUUGAGAAAUAGUUUGGUUUCAACAUUGACCAAUAGGAUUGAGAAUAUCCUGGAAUUCAGCAUAUACAUAUAUAUUUACAUUAUAAUAUAAAUAAUAGAUAUAAUUUUAAAAUAAAUAUAAACACAAUAAGAGAAAUAUUACAUAUUGUUUAAUAUAUAAAGUACAUAUGUAUUAUUUAUACAUAAAAUUGUAACAUUCAGUCAUAAAUUGCUUUUAUUAAUAUUUACCAUUUGAUAAUUGUCUAAUGAUGUUUCUGAAAAUAACCUGGUGGUGGGAUCCAUUAUCUAGGGCACACUGUGCAGGUUGUGGUCUGGUAGCUCAUUUGGAAUAGUUCUUCAGGUAAAUGGAUAGAGUGAGUUUGGAAGGCCUGUGCUGCCAUUAUAGAAGCAGAGGUGGCAGCAGCUCAGUUCCCCUGUGGUGACGGUUCAUAACCUCUUGUGAGUGUCAGAACUGUUGUGGUGUUUGGUUGGUUUUUAAUGGAGGAGUUAGUAUAUUGCUGUUACAAUCAGUGUAACUCAGUUACUGCCCCGUAGGUAGCAGAAAGGACGGAUAAUAGAAGACAUAACACUGUCGCUACAUUUUCUUAGGUGGAUUGGGUGAGAUUUAGAAGUGAUUAUCAGAGUUGUUGAUUAUCAGUGAUGUUGAUUGUUUUCUUACCAUACAAACACUGAAUUUUAAAGGUUGCAGAUCUUGAAGAAGAAGUGUGUUCUUUUCUGCUACUGAGAAUGAGUCGUAAUUGCUUUUUAAGCAUUAGCUAUUUGUGCUGAAAAUAGCUAAACUGAAAUGAGCAUCAUGGUGUAUAUAUUGAUCAUCAACUGAAGCUUGAAAGAAAUUUUCCCCUGAUCCUUUGGGUUUUUUUUUUACAUUCUGAAGUUGACCAUAAUGUUUUGCUACAAAAGACAGAUGAGGAUGUAUGUUCCUUAGAAGUCUUGACCGCCUGGAGAUGAAUGGUGUGCAGAGCAAAGUGAAUUCAUUGGGAAGUAUCAAACACGUACAAGUCCCUGAGUCUCAGCUAACAUGCAGAUGCUAUGCUAAUACAAUUAUAUGUAUGCUAAUAUCUCAAUUCUCUGUAAAAGAUAAAGCCAAUAAAAACAAA